UAAUAAUAAUAACAUAAAGAAUCAUCAAAAAUCCCUCUAAGUUAAUAGCCUGCCCAUAGGAUUUUUAGAUUUAGUUCAGGUUAUUGAAGGGCAUUUACACUCACUAUUCUGACACUUUUGUAAAGAUGUGUGAGGCAGUUAGUUAGCAAGCUAGCUAGCUAAGGCGGCAGGAGGAGAACAAAAGAUUUUUUUUUUCAGUUUUGACCGGUUGCACUGACACCAAGUCCAUGCAGAACGUGUCAUCACCAACACAAUGCCCGUGUUACUUUUUCUGAUAGACACGUCCGCGUCAAUGAACCAGCGCACCCAUCUGGGCACUACCUAUCUGGACAUAGCAAAAGGCGCUGUUGAGACUUUCAUGAAGCUUAGAGGCAGAGAUCCGGCGAGCCGAGGGGACCGGUAUAUGUUGAUAAAUUUUGAGGACGUUCCCCUCGGAAUCAAGGCUGGAUGGAAAGAGAGCCAUGCCACAUUCAUGACAGAGCUGAGGAACCUUCAAGCAGCAGGACUCACAACUAUUGGCCAGUCUUUGAGGACCGCUUUUGAUUUGCUCAAUCUCAAUAGAUUAGUGUCUGGGAUAGACAACUAUGGACAGGGCAGGAAUCCCUUUUUCCUGGAGCCGUCCAUUAGUGGCCAUCACUCCAACAAGCUGACCAGCAGUGGCGGAGUCCAGGAUGAGCUCCACCUUCCCCUGACCACUCCUCUGCCGGGCAGUGAGCUGACCAAGGAGCCGUUCCGUUGGGACCAGCGUUUGUUCUCCCUGGUGCUGAGGAUCCCUGGACACGCCACUGUAGAGCCUGAACCACUGGGGGGCGUCCCCCCCGACGACUCGGCCAUCACCCCCAUGUGCGAGGUCACCGGAGGUCGCUCCUACAGUGUGUUCUCCCAGCGCAUGUUGAAUCAGUGUCUGGAGUCUCUACUGCAGAAGAUCCAGAGUGGAGUGGUCAUCAAUUUUGAGAAGACUGGCCCGGACCCCCCUCCUGGAGAGGAUGAGACCCUGAAGCCCGGCCCCCAGUCGUGGCACUGCUGCCACAAGCUGAUCUACGUACGACCCAACCCCAAGACUGGUGUGCCCAUCGGACACUGGCCCAUUCCUGAAGGCUUCUGGCCCGACACGAACUCCCCCACCCUGCCCCCUCGCUCGGCCCACCCCCACGUGCGUUUCUCCUGUCUGGACUCAGAGCCCAUGGUGAUUGACAAGGUUCCCUUUGACAAGUACGAGCUGGAGGCUUCACCUCUCACACAGUACAUCCUGGAGAGGAAGUCCCCUCAUACCUGCUGGCAGGUGUUUGUAAGUAACAGUGCCAAGUACAGUGACCUGGGCCAGCCCUUUGGCUACCUGAAGGCCAGCACGGCUCUCAACUGUGUCAACCCUGUCCCCUACAACUACCCUGUUGUACUGCCUCUACUGGAUGACUUGAUCCGGGUGCACAAGUUCAAGCCCACCAUUAAAUGGCGUCAGUCAUUUGAGAACUACCUGAAGACCAUGCCUCUUUAUUACAUUGGGUCCCUCCGGAAGGCGCUAAGGAUCAUGGGAGCUCCUAACCUCCUGGCCGACAACAUGGAGUAUGGUCUGAGUUACAGUGUGGUGUCCUACCUCAAGAAGCUCAGCCAGCAGACCAAGAUAGAGUACGAGCGGCUGAUAGCAUCUUUAGCUAAGAAGGUGGCAGCGGAGGGUGGCAUCAAGGUGCGUGACCGUGGUGGGGACAUCUCUCUGGCCCAGCGCAGAGACUUCACUCAGCUUCUGGCCAGCAUCACAGGAGAGACGGCCGCCCUGCCCCUGGAGCUGAACUCUAAGGAGUUCUCUGGCUUUCAGCUGGCUCCUCUCAACAAGAGUCUGAAACCUCAGGGUUUCCGGAACGCCUACGACAUUCCCAGAAUGCACCUCCUGGAUCAGCUGAGCCGCAUGAGGAGGAACCUGCUCAGCACCACCUGUCUGCUCCGAGGACAGGACACAGACCAGCUGCACAGUGUGCCCAUCGCCCAGAUGGGGAACUACCAGGACUUCCUCAAAGCCCUUCCGCAACCCCUCAGAGACGCAGACCCUGAACAGCCCAAACGCUUGCACACCUUCGGGAAUCCUUUCAAACUGGACAAGAAGGGGAUGAUGAUUGACGAGGCCGAUGAGUUUGUGACGGGUCCCCAGAACAAGGGCAAGCGUCCGGGGAGUGACUCCAACAUGCACGGGGUCGGGGGUGGGGGUCCUAAAAGACGACGGUGCAUGUCCCCUCUACUGCGCCCCGGCAGAGCCUAUUCGCCCCCCGUCAGCCCUGCCGCCAGCCCCUUCAGACCCCCCCUCACCGAGUGCGACCAGAGUGAGUCCGACUCAGAGGUUGUGUUUGGAAACCUCUACAACCCAGAGACGUGUGAGACCGGGACAACGGUCCAACCAGGAGAGAUCCUCUCUGGACCCCUUCUAGACGGCCCCGGCACAGGGAACCGCAUGGAGGCUGAUGGGGACACUGAGGAGGAGAACGGGCUUCCCAGGGAGGUGGAGCUCUCAGAGGGCAGUGAGGAUGGAGGAGAGACUGGGGGUGUGGUGGAGGAGCAGUGCCCGGCCCGGUACCCCUCCCCCGCUGAGCUGAAGAAGGUGAUGAACAGCGAGAGUCUGGAGGUCAACACCGAACUACGAGCCCUCAUCACCAAGGAGAUACGGAAACCCGGGAGACACUAUGAAAAAAUCUUCUACUUCCUGAAGCAGAUCCAAGGAAGCUUUGACACACGGUUGAUAUUUCUCCAGAACAUUAUAAAAGAAGCUGCAAGGUUCAAGAAGCGGGUGCUGAUAGAACAGCUGGAGAACUUUCUAGAAGAGAUCCAUAACAGAGCCAACAAUAUGAACCACCUAGACGGGUUCUAAUGGACAACUCUUCACUCCCCGGACCCUUAGACCUAACCGCUCCUCCCCACCCUCAGCCCUCAACCUGCAGCCCUUACCCAGGCUGAAAUAUUCCUAUAGAGAAGGGGCAGUGUAUGAACUAACCCAAGCAAUGAAAUGAGUGCUGUUGACCUGUCUGUCUCUGUCAGUGUAUACUGUGUGACGCGUGUCUCAUCAGUGAUGGUAUGAUGAACUGAUAUUGCUAAGGGAGGGGGUUCAAAUUAGAUUGUAAAAAGUUUCCAACAACCUCAGGGCCAAAAGAGGAACACUGUUUUAGGUUUCAAAUGAAUCUUUAGGUGGCUUCAUGUUUUUUUUCCAUUUUCUCUUUCUAGUCAUCGCCCUCUCUCUUUCUAGUCAUCUCUCUUUCUAGUCAACUCUCUUUCGAGUCAUCGCCCUCUCUCUUUCUAGUCAUCUCUCUUUCUAGUCAUCUCUCUUUCGAGUCAUCUCUCUUUCGAGUCAUCGCCCUCUCUCUUUCGAGUCAUCGCCCUCUCUCUUUCGAGUCAUCGCCCUCUCUCUUUCGAGUCAUCGCCCUCUCUCUUUCUAGUCAUCGCCCUCUCUCUUUCUAGUCAUCGCCCUCUCUUUCUAGUCAUCUCU